AUGAAAGCUUUAAUAGUAGCUACUUUGUUGAAAAUCGUGAUUUGUGGUAAGUUUAUCUAUUACUGAGAGUAGAAUGGGAAGUUUACAAGCAUGAAUUAUAUGACGUUGUAUCAAGUGUUGAUUGGAUAGGUUUAAAUUCUGAUUCAACUCUGAGUUCUUUAACAACAAUAGAUUCAAAUCUGUGUUCAUCAGUUUCAACAGUAUAUUUGUCAGGUGGGAAGGAUUAGAUAUGGAGAAGAAUAUAAAUGCCAACAACAAGGAAGUUUUCAGCAAUUAGGAUUGAAUUAGACUUAUAUUACAUAGAUAUUUGGGAUAGCACUAGAACAAUAAUAUAUUUGAAUAAUGAGAUAAUUUAUAAUAAAGAAAUGAAAUCUAAAGGAUCUCCUAUAGAUGUUGUUUAUUGUUAAAUUUCAGGAGGAAAUACAGCUAAUGAUUAUUUAGAUAAAUUAUCUUACAGUACAGAAUUUACUUCGAAUCAAAUAAAUAUAGAAAUUGUUAAAUUAGGAUUACCAAUAACUAGAAUAUUUGCAUUAUCUAAUUUUUAUUUAUAUGUUUAAUUUUGUGACAAAUAUUGUGAAGUAUGUGAUUUCAAUGGUAAUUGUUUGAAAUGUGAAAAUGAUAUGAAAUUUAAAGAUGGAGUCUGUUAAUUAGAAAGUUAUACAAAAUUAAGGUAUUAUAAUCCUGAUUUAGAAUGGGUAGACAAAUGUCCAUCUGGAUAUGUUCCUAAUUUAGAGGGUUUAUGUUAGCCAGGAUUAUAAACAGUAAUAUUUGAAGAUUUGUAGAGCAAUUUUGCAUCUUAUUUGUUUUAAUUAAAUAAGGAUAAAUAUUAUUCUAAUAAAAAUGAUAAUAGUUAUAGAAUAAUAGAAAUAGAAGGAUAGAAGUUAGCAGGUCCAUUUAUGUUUAAUGAAAAACUUUUAUAUUCUCCUUUAUCUCUGGUGUCAAAUUCAUUAAUUUUGGUAAGAUUUCGAUUAUAUUAUUUACAUCAUAAUUAAUCUUAAUAAGUAGGAGGGAGAAUAUAUUUAAAAUUUAAUGAUUUUAAAGUAUUAGAAAUAAGAGAUUAUGAUUAAGUUUAGCUGACAUCUAAUGUAGGUUUAGGAAUAGUUAAUAAUGAUAUUAAAUGUUAUUUAGAAAACUUUUAUCGUUGCUAAUUUGCAGAUGUGUAAUUUCUAAUGAAUUUAGAUUAUCAAAUUAACACUUUAUCGUUUGAUGGUAAAUUCACAAUAAUAAAACCUUAUAGAGCUUGGGGAAUCACAGAUUUUUAGAUACUUAAAUUAACAUAAUCAAGUAAUGUGAAUGAAUGUUAAGGAUAAUGUUUGACUUGCAAAUUGAAGAAUAAGAAAUCAUGUUUAUCUUGUUAAAUAGGAUUCUAUUUAUUUGAUGAUAAAUGUAUGACUUAAUGUCCACUUCAAACAACUUAAGUAGGAAGUAUAUGUUAAGAAAAUGGAAUGAGCAAUACUUUUAAAUAUAUUUUUAAGUCAUUUUAUGAUAAUAACAAUUAUUAGAAUGAGAUGGAAAAGAUAGAGAAAACAUAGGCUAAAAUAGAAUAUAGCAAAUUUAUUUAUGGUAUGAAUGAAUAUUCUAUAUUGGGUGGGUUAUCAUUAUAUUCAGGAUACUAAUUAAGUUAUACUAUUGUAUCACCAUUCAGUUUUUAUAAAGCAUAUAUAAAAAUGAAUGUAGUUGCGAUUGAUUAUAAAUCAAAUGAUAAAUUUAAAAUAACAAUAGAUUUUGGAUCAAUAACAACUCUUUAUAAAGUAGGAGAGAUUGGUCCAAAUAGAUUUCAAUUUGUUUCUGUGGGCAAUUAAAUGGGAUUAGGGAAUAUUAAUGAUGAAGAAUAUCAUGCCGAUGUAUUUAUAGAGAGUGAUCCUAUUCCAAUUUCAACUAAUUCAAUAACUAUUAUUUUUCAGAGAGAAAAUUAUGUAGGAUUAAACGAAUAUUAUGGUAUUUAUAAUUUUAGAAUAAUGGUUGAAUCUUGUCCAUAAUUUUGUGAUAGUUGUGAUAAUAGUGGUAGUUGUUUAUCUUGGAAGAUGGAUAUAAGUUUAUCUUCUGGAAGUUGUGCAAAUGGUUAUUAUUAUAAUUAAAAAGAUGAAACCUGUAAUUAAUGUCCUUCUGGUUGUAUUACUUGUUAGUUAUAUUCUUGUACAACUUGUUAAAGUGGCUAUGUAAAUAAAUAUGGAUAAUGUUUUUGUAGUGCAAAUCUUGAAAACUUUUCAGUUUGUUUGACUACAAAUAAUUGUUAAGUGGGAUGUUUAGUUUGUGGUGAAAGUUUAUAAUUCACUUUAUUAACUAUAUCAUCUAAAGGCUAUUUUUAAGAAUGUACAAAAUGUGAUGAUUCUAAAUAUUAUUGGCUAGAUAAAGAUUAAUGUAGAUGUUUAGAGGGCUAUUAUAUGGAUAUAUCAGUUUGUUUACCUUGUUCUAAAUAUUGCAAAGCUUGUUAAAAAUCUCCAAGAAUUUGUACUGAUUGUGACACAUCUUUAAAUAGAGAAUUACAUUAUUAAUAAUGUGAAUGUAAAUAAGGAUAUUACGAAUAAGAGAAUUUCUUAGAUUGCAGUUAAUGUGAAUAAACUUGUUAUACUUGUAGAUUUUUUGCAAAUUAUUGUACAAGUUGUUAUCCUGAUUAAUUUAGAACAAUUUUAAAUAGAAAAUGUGAAUGUUAAGAUGGAUAUUUCGAUGAAGGUAUAUCUAUUUGUACUAAAUGUAAUCCUAAAUGUUUAACUUGUUCUAGUUUAACAAAUUGUCUAUCAUGUUAUUCCUCAUAAAAUCGUAAACUUAGUAUUAGAAAUAGUUCAUGUAUAUGCAAAUUAGGAUAUUUUGAAGUAGAAAAUUAACUUAGUUGUGAUUCUUGCCACUUCUCUUGUUAAUAAUGUUUACCUUCUUCUUAAAAGGAUAUGUGUAUUAGAUGUCCAUCAUCUAGAGAACCUUCUAUAAAUUAAACAGUUUUUGCAUGUAAUUGUAAAAGAGGAUACUAUGAAUCUAAUAUGAAAGAAUGUUCAGAUUGUAGAAAUUAUUAAAAUCCACCAUCUACACAUUAUUGUUAUAAUAAAUGUGGUGAUAAAAUUACCUAAUGGAAUGAAGAUUGCGAUGAUGGUAAUAAUGAUCCUAAAGAUGGUUGUUAUAUGUGUCUAUUUCCAAAUUCUUAUUGUUUUAAUGCUUUAUGUUCUAAAUGUGAAAUGGGGCUAUGUGUUAAAUGUAUAGAUGGAUAUUUUAUAACUAAAGAAAAUUAAUGUGAACGUUGCGAUCAAUCCUGUAAAACUUGUGUUUCCAGAUAAGAUAAUUGCACUUCUUGUGUUUUAUAUAGUCCAGAUACUUAAAAAUGCAUUAUGUGUCAAAUUGAUAAAGGUUAUUAAAUUUUAGAUAAUAAAUGUGUCUCUAUUUGUGGAGAUGGAUUAAAAGUAGAUUAAGAAUAAUGUGAUGAUGGUAAUGAUAAAAGUGGUGAUGGAUGUACAUUAUGUAAAAUUGAAGAUGGAUGGAUUUGUUAAAAUAUUUGUGAAAGAAUUAUUUAUCCAAUCAUUCUUAUGAAUGAAUCGAUAUUUGAUAAUAAAUAUGAUGGAGUUAGAAAUUUAGAAUUUACAACCAAUAUCAAACUUAAAAUUAAGACUAAAGUUACAGAUCUUUGUUCAUACACCUUUAAAAACACUGAAUCUUUUGAUGUCUUACUCUCUAAUCCUUAAAUUAAUACCUAAUAAGAAGAAUUUAAUAUUCUUAAAUCUAUUUUAAAAUUACAAAUUAAUCAAAGAAGUGAUAAUCCUAUCUUAAUUUGUAAAAUACUUAACCCUGAAAAGUAUAUAAGUUAAUAAGGUUUUACUUUCAAAGAACUCUCCUUUGAAUUUCCAUUAAUUCCCUUUUAAUAACAAUCUGAAUCUGUUAUUUCAGCUACUACUGGAUUACUAAACUUUAGUAAAUAUGUUCUUUAUAUUCUACUUGGAUUAGCUAUAUUUGCAUUUCUAGUUGGUGGAUUAUAAAUAUUUUGGAAUCUAUUAGAUAUCCUUUAAUUAAUAUCUUAUUUACAGUUUUUCAAUAUUAUAUAUCCAUAUAAUGUAGAAACAUAUUUCUAACUUUUUGAUUUUGCUUAAUUUGAUUUCAUCAAACGAAUUGUUAAUAUUGAAGAUUUAAUCAAUAAUCAUGUUCAAUCUCCUGAACCUGAUUAUAAGUUUGCUUUGUAAGGAUAUUCUUCUACAUUUUAUAUUAAUUCUAUAGCUGUUUUAACAGUAUUCUUAACAACUUUAGCAAUCUUCAUUGGUUGCAAAGUUGGUUUUAUUUUCUUGGCCAAACUUUUAUAAUAUUAUUCGGAUGAACAUGAUACUUCUUUAGAAGAAGAACCUAACGUUAUCAAAUUUAUUUUAUUUAGAAUAAGCAGGAAUAUUUCUAAAAUGUUUCUUAAUAUAAUUGGAGAAUUCAGCUCAGGCUUAAUCAGAACUUUUAUGGCUGUAGCUUAUGAUUACAAUCUCUCUAUUUUUUUAUAAAUCAGAGCAUCAAAUUCAGAUAAUGCCUUAUUAGAAUCUAGUUUAGCUUUCAGCAUUAUAUUUCUAUUUCUCCAAUUUUAUUUUUUGUUUAAAGGAUUUUCAUUUAUGAGUAAUUAACCAUAUUUCUAUAGGCAAUUCUUCAUUUAAUAGAAAUAUGGAUCACUAUAUGAGGGAAUAGAUAUUCAGUCAGCUAAGCCUUAUGCCAAUUAUUAUAAUCUAAUCCUGCUAUUCAAGAAGAUACUUUUCAUCUUCUUCUUGGUUAAUCUUUAUUAUGAACCAAGCUUUUAAAUAUUGACAUGUUCCAUGCUUAAUGUAAUCUUUUCAGUUUACAUCCUAUAUAAUAAACCAUUAGAAGAUAAAUAUGAGUUUUAUAAAACUAUAGGAUCUGAAUUACUUAUUUGGUUAGCUGAACUAUUCAUAAUAGGAUUAUAUUAUUCCUAACAAUAAGGACCUGAUGAAAAUAAAGAAUUAUUUAUAGGCUGGUUUAUUAUUGGUGCAUGUACAAUGUUAAUUAUAUUCCAAUUUGUUCUUGAUAUCAAAUAACAUUAUGAAUUUUUGAUUAAAGAGUAUAAGAUUAUUGCUAAAUUACUCUCAAGAAUUCGAAGCCUAUUUCGAAAACAAGAAAUUAGGGAAGAUACUUAAGAAAAUUUAGUUGAUGCUAAAAAUAGUAAAUUGACUCUCAGAGGAAAAAUGUCAACACAGGCUACUUUAGGAAUUAAAUAAAGAAAAUUAGUCACAUUUAAAUUUGAUAAAUGA